GAUUCACCUCGUAGAUAAAAUGCGAAGCAAAAUAAAUAUGAUAAAUAAAUAUCAAGUGUCAAAGUGAAUUGUGCAUCAGUAAUUAAACAACAAUGGUUUAAAAAUUCAAUAAUGAUAAGUGCUUGCGGCAAAAUUUUUUCCCAAAGUGAUUAUCUGACCCUGCUCUAACAAUGGAGGCAGUGAAACCGAAACAAAAAACAAAGAAAAAACGUGAUAAGAAAGUCACUGCGGAAGUGACCACACUAAAAAAUGACGAGAAAGAGAUCGACAGCUGCGAGGAAGCAGUCAAAGAGGAAACUGCGACUCAAAGUGAGGUCACAACACUCACAACUAGCGAGUCCCAAAUUAGCGAAUUCGACAAGUUGCUUAACACAAAUAAAUUACUCGCAUGCGAACUCAAGUCGCAAGAAUACCCAACUUGUGUGAAAAGCACAGUGAAAAAACAGGCCAUAAAACCAUACACUGAGGAGCAGUUAGCCACACUGUACACUAACAGUGAACUGCAAAUGAUUGGCGAUUUUACUUCGCAGUAUGUCGAAGCUGAGCUCAAGGGGCUAGCCACCAAACACCAUCCUUUGUACGAGCUUCUGGCCACUUACUUGCAAGUCAGGGCCAAAAUUAUAGGCAACACAAUGGAGCUGGACCAACUCCGCAAGGAAUAUUGCGAGUUACAGGCGAUGCUUUGGACGACCGACACAGCGACUGUGACCGGUCGAGGCGAAUGCCUCGACGGCACAAACGUCACAACGACUCACUCCUACCAAAAAGCGACCUUUCACAGAUCCGUUUUCCAAAGUAUCGCCCGCGUCUUGGGCCUAAUCCGCAAACUGACGUACGAUAAUUACACCCUGUACUCAUACACAGCCGAAGAUUUGCGUCUACAGAUCGAAUUGUACGUCCAAACCGCCAUUAACAAUUGCAUGAACGCUACGGGGAUUAGCAAAGACUCGCCUGUGAUUUUAUCACUGCAGGACGAACCUCUCCACCUUAAACCAUUCCUCUGCGAGAUACGUCUGUGUAUUUCGGUGCUUUUCGCCUUUCAGCGUAAAUUAAUUCGCGACGUGCAGUUUCUCAAAGAGACUAGAGAGUGGUUGAGUCGGUUAAUUGCCGUCUUACUCCGACUGGCUACAUAUCAGGACCACUUAUUCAUCAUUAGUCAUAUUUUGCGGUGUCCGGCUGGGGUCGGUUCUUGGGCUUGCUCCUUCAUUCAGACACCUCUCGAUGAAGCUUUCACCGAAUCGCCCUUCUCCUCGUACCAAAUCAACCACGUCCUGGCUGUUUUAACAAUGAUUCUCUCACCGAUCAACGAACGCGAGCGUUUUUUGGCCGACAUUGUGCAAAACCACGACACUCCAAGUGACGCACUUUGGAUUGUAGUGGACUCGGAGGGUGAAGAAGACGACGAAUCGGGUUGUUCGCUGCGUGAAAAUGACUUGGUCGCUUUCCUAACGCAGUUGCCGUUUGAGGCGCUUUUCCGGAACGUGCUUCUAGUCGAGAGGAAAAAUUUCGAGAAUUUGUACGACGGUUCUAAGGUUACGCAACACCAUAUCUUGCGCUUUUUCGCAUUUGCGACGGUUUUCCUAAAGAUUGUGGAUAAGGGGCUACGUAGUUACGACCAGGCGAGGUAUAAACAAUUCGCGAAGCGUUUGAGUCGAUUGAUCAGACAUAUCGUACAAUAUGCGACCGAUCAGUGGGAGUUGUUUCAAAAAAACCCAAAUUCGAGUGAUGAGGCAAUGAUGGAGCGCCUGCAAGUCGAGUACGAUGCGUUUUUCCUGCGGGCGAUUCACUACUUGUAUACGUCGCAAAGGUCAGGCGCUUGGCAAUUCCUCGCCGUGAUUCCGUACAACAUGAUUACGAUUGAAACGGUUUGGAAGAUUUUCUAUUUCUUGCAUGACUCGGAUCAAGGGUUACUCGCGCCUGACAAUGCGGGGAAAUUGUGGGACAGGAGUUUUCGGCUACAAUUUGAGGAAAAACUCGCCGCUUUGGCCGACGAUGAACUGUAUUAUCUCCUAAACACGUUUGCGAACCUAGCCCUAGCCAGGGAAUCCCACGAGAUGGAUUUUAUCGAAGCUGCAACCAAGGAUUUGUUGCAAGUUGGUUUCGUAAGCGGGACGACUCAGGAUAUUUGUGCCAAAUCAGCCCGAACUCUUUUGACACACAUCACGUCCAAAUACCCACACUUGCUAUCAAUGAUUUUGAAAUUUGUCAAAGAAAACAUCGAAAUGACUGGUUCUCUUGUACUCUAUCUUUACGAAGAGUUGCCUUUGACCGUUUGGAAACUAACCGAUGAUGAUUUAUCGAUCAUUGCCUGGUUUUUGUGCCACAAUUCGAUCCAAACGAACGAAAGCAAACUCGCUCGCAUGAUUUUGUCCCGUUUGAAUUGGGACCUAAUCCCGUUUGAGUUGCACCGUGAGGUUGCACUUCUAGUUUUGAGAGCGUGUGAACAAGAACCCGGUUAUUUGCAAUGGGGGUGGCAAACAAUCCUACGAUUGAAACUCCACAUCAAUGAUAAGGCCUUCACUGAUAUUAAACAAGUCCUAGAUCCGGAAAAUUACGACGUGAUUAUUAAAGGCGUCCAGCAGCAACAACCCUUGGCUAGUUUUGUCUCAGUUUUGAUGACUUCCUGGGGCCAUUUAAUCCCACUGAUUUGUGGCAAUGGGCUCUCCCAGUUGUUGUUCCUCCAAACGCACCAAAAACACGAAGCUGUGCUUUUUGCCCUUUACGUAAUUGUUCCCCUAUUCAUUGAUUCACAAGAAUAUAUAAUUAACAACGAACGCUUCCAAGAAAUCAUCUCCAAGUUGAUUAACGCGGACCGUGGCUACAUUUCAAUGGCCAAAAGUUUGAUCAGUGUGCAAAAUACGAUUUUGCAACAGUUCGGAAACAUGAUAGAGACACAGAUUGUCAAUUUUGCCAAUUAUGGUCUCUCAAGUCCGCGUAGUUUAGUCCGAUUGUGGGUCAACACGUUCGUUUCAAUCCCCAACUGGAGCCGGGACUCCGGUGUCAUGUAUUUACUAGACGUGAUAGUCCGAGCGGCGUUUUUCCACCAGGACGCCCUCGAAGUCACCAAUAACAUCCUCAAGGAGCUUUUGCAAAACAACGUAACGCAAGAGCAAGGCACGAUCAGUUCGAUUUUUAAGUGGGUGUCAAGUUCGGCGACUAACUACACGCUCAUUUCGGGUUCGCUGUCGAGUUACACUUGGCUGGCGUUUUUGGUGAUUGAGUUGGAGUUUGAGGAUCGGGAGAAGAGGACGGGGUUGUGGCGAGAGUUGCUUUUGCAGCUUGAUGGGCAAAAGGGGAAGGUGAAUGUCGAUGCGGCGAUUAAAAAAGCGGCUUCGGUUUUGAAAAUACAGCCGUUUGGUUCGGGGUUUUUGUCGAUUUAUCGGUGGGCGCAACAAGCCAUGGAUUCGCCAAUUGAGCAUCCUUUGGUGCCGUUAUUGUGGCAGAAAUUUUUCGUUUUGUAUUUGGCAAGGAUUCCGGUCAGUCGGGCGGGGAGUAAUGGUUGUGUGGGGGAGAAGUUUUUCGACGGGUUGGUUAAUUUUGCGUUCCUGAAGCGAAUGAAGAGAAAAUUGCAGGAAACUUUGGAUUAUUAUGUGGAGAAAAUGAACGGCGAAGAGGAUGGGUCGAGGAGGCCGUUUCUGGAGGCUUGUGUUAAUUUGUUUAAGGCUUUCACUGCGUGGCUGGAAGAGCCGCGACUGCAAAAGGACAAUCUUCAUUUGCCUUCGUUACCCGCGUUAUAUCAACCGAAUUUGUUGGCUUUUAUUAUCCAGGGCAGCAAUACUCCUUGGUACGAAUACGUCGAUUACGACAAAAUCAAGUUGGAACAAGUGGAGUCGGUGCAAAUUUGGCAAUCGUCAAAUUUUCGCCACAAAUCAAACAUCAACAAACCGCUCCUAAACCCGGGAAAAUCAAUGGAAAGUGUGGAUCCAAUCGAGCGGAUUUUACGUCGCUUGAGCUCGUACGAAACUUGUAAAAACCCGCCGGAAAUUAACAAUAAUCUUCUUCAAAUUCCUCCAAUUGAUUUCACCGAUAAAACUGCAUUGCUUAAUUCAUUGGAGCAGUGUUUCAAGACUUUGAAACAAUUUGCACACAAUCACACUUUGAAGUUAUCGGAACACAAAGCUUUGGAUUGUUCGUAUCAAGAGUUAGUGCCACAGUUGUACCGUUCUGUUUUGAAUAAAGUGAGCAAGAAAGUUCCCUGUAAGGGCCGAAACGAAACUGUGAAUUGUUCAGGCGCUGCACUUAUCGUACUAGAAGUGCAAGAAGCAAGAGUUAACGAACGAAUCGAUCAUCAAAUCCAAACAAAUCGUAACGCAUACGAGUCACUUUUGACUAAGUCAUUACAAGCCCCAGCUACGGCCCUUUGUACCGCUUCAGUGACCUUACAACAAGCCAUAAAGAUAUUGCAAUUACAAGUCGGGGCUAAUCCUGCCAGGGGUGAGCUUGGUACCGAAUUGUUUUACCAUAUCUUGUCGUUGAUUAAUGACGAAACUAGUGGUUAUUUACCAACAAAAACACUGUUUGCUUCCUGUUUGGAAAAAUUAGGACAGUCACAUAUUGCCGGUGUCGAGUUUGAAAUGCCGCGUCUUUUGGAGAAAAUUUUAAAAGAGCCGAAUUUGGGAGGGUAUUUAGCACCGCAUUUUUCCCCAAGUAAUGUAGGCACAGUGAAUCUUCUCUACAUGUACUCGAGGAUUUGCCAAGAGAUUGGGAAGAACUACGACGUGGCUUUCGCCCUUUUAUCAAAGUUCGAAAUCGAUAAAUGGCUGCAUGCCAAAGAACCAAAACUGAACCAACGUUCGGAAUUCAUCCAAUGUGUGGUUCGGGCCUUGUCAACUUUAGGUUUUGAACCACCUGUUGAAUCCUUGAUCCUUCACGGUUUAUACAGACGUCACUUAUUGACCAUAUUUGAGUUCCAAUUUCCUGAACAUUACGGUGACGUUUUGAUCAAUCUAUUGAAAAGUAGUAAUGGAAAUAGCGAGAAUUCUCUUCUAUCGACUAGCGUUUGGCUGGACAUUGUCAAUUGUUUGGCCCGUCCUGUCCAAAUUAAUUACAAAGCACCGCUAAAGGAUCAAUUGAGACAAUACACCCAACACCAGAAAAUGUUGCAACAUCAGGAGUUGCUCGAAACUGCGGAACUUUUCGCCAAACAUUUCACCCAGGAACGGUUGCAGUACGGUUUGUACGGUCUCUACCCCAAAUGUCGGAAUUACAUCGACAUUUUUGUGAUUCUUUUGGGGAUGACGGGGCAUGGUCUCAUCACUAGUACGUUGAAUACGCAUCAGGGGUUGCUUGGGGAUAAGUUGCUCCAGAAAAUUUGGCCUUAUUUGAUCAAUAUGUUUGCCCCAUGGAUCGUCCCCUACUCCAUGCAAACUUUGAAGGAGAACAUGGCCUCAUGGAUCCAGCAAUUGGCCGACGAUCGUUCAGUCCUCCUCCCUUGGAUCCCAUCAGAUGGGCCUUUGGCCCAAAAAGUGGUCACCAUCUUCUGCGAAUGCGUCCAUUUCCUCAUCUACACUUUACCAGCCUCCUCUGGUAACAUCCUCAGUUUUAUAUGGCAAUGGUAUGUGACCAGUUUUGCGCAUAAUGCGGUCAAAGUUCACGUUUUGGGUCCUGUUCAUCAUUCGUUUUUGACGUUUCCUUGGGAGAGUUUUUGGCCGUCGGUGACCGAUCUGGAGUUUAUGUUACGGGUGAUUGACCAAUAUCUGCCCGAAUCGCAUUCGUUCCUUGGCCAUAUCUUCAUGGCAGUGUCUUGGUCGCCGUGGCUCAGUAAUUUCAAAGGCUCCCCGCAACAAAUCAGAGAACGCAUCUGUCAUUGUUACCUCCAUCUUUUGGUAAAACUAUCAAACGAACCCAACGUGCGUAACAAAUACGCGGAUCGAAUUAAAAGUUUGUUGGUCGAGUCGGAAAAUUUUGGACUCGAAGGUGUAGACUCAAGUGUCUAUCAGCACGUAAUGGAUUGGUACGUCCUGAGUUGCGACCCUUCGGUCAUUUUCAGGAGCGAUCCGCUUGAUGUUGAUUUUAGAGUCCUACAUUUCCUGAAGUGUGUCUCGGGGUAUGAUAGAGUAUUAGAAGAGAGCGAUGCGCAAAUUCGCACUAAACGCUUCGUUUAUAUCAAAAGUUUUGUCAAGCUGUUAUCGGUUUACGUAAAUAGGUGUAAGUCUGUAGUUGCGACCAAAGAAAGUGAUUUGAAUACUGUGAUAACCCAACAAUUGAUUCAUUUGGAUAAAAAUGUGAAAAUCCAAGACGAAUUCAAUGCCAUUUUGAGAGAAUUGCUAGGGAUUGUAAAUUUAGCCGAUAUUCGUCAUUGUGUUUUAAAAUGUUUCGAUUCUUGGAUUUUAAAUAAGACUGGGGAUGAAAUGGCUGUUAAAGGGGUGUUGCAAGUUGCCGGGGUCACAGUCGAGGAUACUGAAGCACUAGGUUUUCUACUGGAAUCAACUUUGACCUGUUACUUCCAAAGCAGUGUUUCCGGUUCGUUUAACCCAAGUUGGUGUGAAGUCGCGGAAACUUUGAGCGUGGUCCGAAGUAAGGAGACCGAACUGGAGCGAGUUAUGCUUAGUCGUGGCUACAUCCUAGCUUUGAACGCUUUAUUCCUCCAAAAAAUGAAAAAAUGUAGUGACUACGAAAGCCUCCUGAAUUUGGUCACAGAAUGGAUGCGGGAUCUGAAAAUCAGCGGCGAAUCCGCCGAAUCCAAAGUCCCCCUGCUUUGGGUCGGUUUCCUUCGCUUGUCUUUACAGUAUUGCGAAAUUGACGAAAACACCACUGGGAUCAUUUUACACAAGUUUGCGAAAAUCCUCAUUCAAGUCUCGGAAGAUAAGUCGGGCUCGAAGUGGGGCCGAGGUUUGCUCAGUGCUAUCGGGAUCAACAAGCAGGAGGCAGUUUCGAUCAAUUUCAGAUUUUUGUGUCGCGCUUUGGGCGGCUAUGUCCUGGCCCAACUACCUGACAUGAAAGGAGGGCCUCAGGUAGUCAGACGCCAUGCGUAUGCCCCAUGCCGUGUGGGUCAAUCGGGGGGAAACAGCGAAUGCGCCAAGAUACUUAUGAGUCUUGGUUUCGGACAGUCCCAGGGGAAAAUCAAAGAGUGCGAAGAGUUGGCCUUGAAGAAAAUACAGGAUGCCGAAAAUUCCAUGCAUAACGCGGCGAAGUUCGUCGAAGGCUUAGUCAAGCAGUUUUAUAUUAAACCAUACUUGAAAGAUCUAUCCUAACUUUUAUGACGUUAUAAUUUUAUAUGAGUGUUUGAGAAAAUAAAGCUUGGAAAACGA